AUGAGUGAACGGCAUUACGUCGAGCCGCCUCAAACGCCUCCGUUCAGACUCCGUAUUAAGCAGAAACAGGAACGAUUCUGUCACAUCUCACACCCCACGUGGGUGACCGCGGCUCAAGCGUUCGCAUUUGCAGGUAAUUCCUGCAAAGACAGGUCAGACAGGAAGAAAAAAGGCCGUCCUCGCUUGAAUAUGCAAGAGCUUCGAACUAUUCCUGCUCAUAUGAUGAUUCAGUGGAAAGAGGAAUUUAGGACUCGAACUCGUGUGAAGUGCCCAAGUCCAGGCUGCUGGCUUGAGUUUCCCAGUAUUUAUGGGCUUAAAUACCAUUAUCAGCGUUGUCAAGGGGAAACCAUAGAGAAGUUAAGUCAUGGCUGCCCUUAUUGUGAGGCUGCAUUUGCCACUAAGCUGCGCCUCCGGAAGCACAAGCUUUGGAAUCAUCCAGAGAAAGUCAGCAUGGAGAGCACAGCCACAGUAAACAUGAAGUUUAGGGCGAAGCCAAAGGCCAAACUCGGUCUACAAAAAGACUCAAUAAAAGUAAAUGUCAAAAGAAGGCCUACAGAAAUCAGCCCCCACUGUCCAGUUCCUCUAAAGAUGAAGAAGACCCAGAAAAUGUCCCAGUCUUUUCAGAACAGGGAAUAUUCCACCCAGAUGACAGACAAAAGCCAGCAACAACUGAGGACACUUUCAGAAGCUGGGAAAUGUGUGCCCACAACUUUUUCUGAGGAACACCCUGAGAGGAUGAAGCACAGGAGAAAACAGAAAAUGCCAAAGAAGUUCACUGGGGAACAGCCCUCCAUCUCUGGGACAUUUGGUCUGAAAGGAAUUAGUAAGGUGGAGGAAAAACUAAAGGCAGGCAGGACAAAGGGACCAGAGGGAGCAUCCUUUAACAAAGAGUCCCAGAGAAAGCAACAGACCAGAAAAGAAAUGCCAUUUUAUAGCCAAAUGGCUUCUCUUGAAUCCCAGAGGCAGGAGCCCAGUGAGGAGUAUGAUCCUAAUUGCUCCAGUGUCACCAACAAGGCCAUCCCUGGCAUCACAAAGCACAAUGAUAUGUGGCAAAAGACUCCCAUUAGUAAGGAAGUGAAGUUGGACAGCAGUAAAGGGAAAGAAAAAGAAGAGUCCCAGGCAGAAAAUGUGAAAUUGCACACAGUUCAAAAGAAAAGCCUGGAAAAAAAUAAACAUAGAAAUGAGGAGAUGAGCGAGAAAAAGAAGAAGAACAAGGUGGAGGCUGAGGAGGAUCUGUUGGACUUGGAGCGCACACCCAGUGGCAGGGUGAGGAGGCGCUCAGCUCAGGUGGCUGUUUUUCACCUACAGGAGAUUGCAGAGGAUGAGCUGGCAAAAGACUGGGGUACCAAACGCCGUAUCAAAGAUGAUCUUGUGCCUGACAUCAAGAGGUUAAACUAUACUCGACCUGGCCUUCCCAACUACAAUGCUGAAACUGUAGAGACGUGGAAAAAUGAAGUUAAGGAUAAAGGCUUUAUCUGUUGCCCUAAUUCUAGCUGUGAGGCCAUUUACUCAAGUGUGUCAGGACUCAAAGCUCAUUUGGCAAGCUGCAUAAAGGGAGGAGGCGUUGUGGGUAAAUAUACAUGCUUACUGUGCCAAAAGGAGUUCAGCUCUGAGAGUGGGGUGAAAUAUCACAUCGGCAAGAUACACUGUCAGAAUUGGUUUCGAGCAUCUGACCAUGUGCCUGACAUCAAAAGCAAAGAGUUGCCAAGAAACAAUCUGCAAAGAGGCAUGAAAAAUGGAGUUCCCUUAAAGCGAAGGGGGCGGAAACCCAAGGAGCAUAUGCCUGAGACAGCAUCCUUUCCAGAGAUGAAACUAAGUAGCACCCACAAAACAACUCCUCCUGCAACCAGUAACCAAAUCCCAAGUUCAGAAACAAGCUUAACACCAAGUCUGAUAUCAAACCAGGAUCCAGCAUGUACCACCUUUAACAAUAUCCCCUCCUCAACAGAUGGUGUAAUCCAAAUGAGGCACCUGCAGCCUCCUUUUAAGAAGAGGAUUAAACCUAAGAAAGUGCAGCUUAAAGAAUAAUGUCUUUUACAUAUUUAAACACCUGACAGGAUGCUAUUAGUUGUUAACCAAUAAUUACAGUAAAUAUUGCAAAGUCAUAAAAGAUGAUCGAUUAUACACAAUAAAUGCUGGAAUAGAAUUAUAUUAAUCUUAAACUGAAAUGAAUAAUGGUAUUGAUUUAUUUUUGGUAAUGAUUUUUAAAACUUUUUAAAAUACACUUUAGUGAUAAAGCUGUUCAGACUAAAAUGUUAGUUGUAAUCAGCAUAUAGAUCUAACACUUCGUUCUACAUACACUAAAAUGAUAAUGCUUUUAUCUGCUACACCUGUCUGCUUACCAUCAAUUCAUCUUUUAAUGCAACCAUGGGACCACCUCUGACAACAGCGAUAUUUACAAACCUCAUUUCAGAAAAAGUUGCUACCUUUUGAAAAAAAAUGCAAUUAAAAGAAAAAUCUAUGAUUUUGUAAUUCACUUGAACGUUUAUGUAACUGAGAAAAGUACAAAAAAAUGGCUUGAUUGUUGUCAACGCACUCAAAAUAAGUUGGGAUAGGGCAAAAAAAGGGUUAAACAUUUAUAGAAUAUCAAAGUUUUAAAACACUUCAUGAUAAGCAGGUGAAUCGGUAACAAGUGAAGGAAUCAGGAUUGGGUAUAAAAUGCUUAGUUUUUGCAAGCAAAAAUAGGCUCACCACUUCUUGCUAAAUUUUGUCAGAGAAUUGUCAGUCAGUUUAAAAAGAUAAUAAUAUGCAAACCAUAUGCAAACCUUUCACCAUCUCCCACACAUAUUAGUCUGUGUAAGGAAAGGCUGGAAACCACUGUUCAAUUUUUUUGUGAGAUUUUAACCAUCAGACAUCAUUGCAUGACAAACUAUUGUAUGCUACUAAAACAAAUAUAGCCACAUGGGCUUAAUAGUACUUUGAAAAAACUAACUUACAGCACCAAGAAAUGCAAGCUUAAAAUCUUUUUCACAAAAAGAAAUCUACAGUAUAUAUCAAUUAUAUGCUGUUAAGUUCUCUGGGCCUAAGCUCAUCUCAGAUGGACAAAAAAGGAAAAGUGUAUGCCAAGUUCUCUGUGACAAAGAUGAAAGAGACCACUGUUAUCACAAAUGGUACAAAAGUGAACAUCUGUCAUGUUAGGUGCUGCCUUUAGGUGGCUUUUCCUGGGAUAUUUGUUGUAAUUUUAGCAAGACAGUGCCUUAUUCUGCACUUGCUACAUUGUUGACUAUGGACUGUUGAGCAGCUAAAGUCGAGUGUCAAUAAAAAAUUUGCA